AUGUCUCGAGAUUAUGAUCAUUUAUUUAAGCUUGUGUUGAUUGGAGAUUCUGGUGUUGGCAAGUCUUGUCUAUUACUGCGCUUUGCAGAUGAUGCGUUUACAGAGAGUUAUAUCACGACUAUUGGAGUGGAUUUUAGAUUUCGUACGGUAAAGAUUGACAACAAGAUUGUAAAGCUUCAGAUUUGGGAUACGGCAGGACAGGAACGAUUUCGCACGAUCACGAGUGCGUAUUACCGUGGAGCAGACGGUAUUAUCAUGGUUUAUGACGUCACAAGUCAGGAAUCAUUCGACCACGUAAAUGACUGGCUGAAUGAAGUAAAUCGCUACGCCAGCGAAGGCACAUGCAAGCUUCUUGUGGGCAACAAGAGCGAUAUUAGUGAUAACAAGGUUGUGUCGUACGAGACGGCCAAAGCUUUUGCAGACAGCCUGUCGAUCCCAUUUCUCGAAACAAGUGCCAAGAAUGCGCAGAAUGUAGAGGAGGCAUUCCUUACCAUGGCUUCGGAACUGAUCACGAUUCGUGAAAUGGUGGGUGACUCGAACCGACCUGUUGGUACCAAGUUGACGGAGAACACCAAAAGUAGCGGCAAUUCCAACGGAUGCUCAUGCAACUAA